CACGAUGCCAUUGGCAACUCCAGCUGUCAAUCACCUGGUCUGGCACCCGGAGAUCACAGAGUAUUACUGACAGGGGAGAGGUCUGUAUGUAAACAAUACAGAUCUCUCCCCUGUCAGCUCCAGCAUGCUGCUUUAUAUUGCUCUGCAGGAUGCCUCCCUAGUACAAUACACACACAGCACACAGUAAAACACACACAGCACACAGUUAAUCCUUUGAUUGCCCCAUAUGUUAACCCCUUCCUGCCCAGUGUCAUUACUACAGUGUCAGUGCUUUUUAUUAGCUCUGAUCACUGUAUUGGUGUCACUGGGGAUGUCAGUGACACCAAGUCAGUUCCCCCCCAGUGUCAGAAUGUCUGCCAUAUUCCUGCAGUCCCGCUAUAAGUCACUAA